UUGAUUUUGGACUGCUUGCUUCCCUCGCCGCCGGCACAUUAUCUCACGAUUCCCUUUGGGGCCGUCCCGCCGGGCGGAGAGUCGGACCUGAGAGGUGGUGCAGAACCCCUCCCCACCCCGGCCGGAGCUGCAGUCUCCCGUCACUUGCUCGGAACACGCACAGAGUGCGCGAUGGUGGCGGCGGGGCCCGGCGACGGCAGCAGCGGGUAGAAAAUGGCGGAUUUCGAGGAGCUGCGGAAUAUGGUAUCAAGUUUUCGUGUUUCUGAACUGCAAGUGUUGUUGGGGUUUGCUGGACGUAAUAAAAGCGGGCGGAAACAUGACCUUCUGAUGAGGGCACUACACAUACUGAAGAGCGGCUGCAGCCCAGCAGUUCAGAUAAAAAUCCGAGAACUCUAUAGGCGUCGGUAUCCAAGGACGAUUGAAGGACUUUCAGACUUACCGGCUAUAAAACCUGCAGUUUUCAAUUUGGACAGUAGUUCCUCUCCUAUUCAGCCUGACCUGGCUGUUGCUGGCAUUCAUCCACUCCCUUCUACUUCUGUCACAGCUCGGUCUCCUUCCUCACCUGUCAGUUCUGUGUUCCUCCAAGACACUAAACCCCACUUUGAGAUGCAGCAGCCAUCCCCUCCGAUUCCACCUGUUCAUCCCGAUGUUCGGCUGAAAAGCCUACCUUUUUAUGAUGUGCUUGAUGUGCUCAUAAAACCUACAAGUCUAGUACAGAGCAGUAUUCAGAGGUUCCAAGAGAAGUUUUUUAUCUUUGCUUUAACACCUCAGCAGGUCAGAGAAAUCUGUAUUUCCAGGGACUUCUUACCAGGGGGCAGGAGAGAUUAUACAGUUCAAGUUCAGAUAAGGUUAUGCCUAGCAGAGACGAGCUGCCCUCAAGAAGAUAAUUACCCUAGUAGUUUGUGCAUUAAAGUAAAUGGGAAGCUGUUUCCAUUGCCGGGAUUUACUCCACCACCAAAAAAUGGAAUCGAACAGAAGCGACCUGGGCGCCCCUUGAAUAUAACAUCUCAAGUUAGGUUGUCAUCGGCAGUGCCAAACCAGAUUUCCAUUUCCUGGGCUUCUGAAAUUGGAAAGAAUUACUCCAUGUCUGUGUAUCUUGUUCGUCAGCUUACUUCAGCUAUGCUUUUGCAGAGGUUAAAAAUGAAAGGUAUCAGAAACCCCGAUCAUUCCAGAGCACUAAUUAAAGAAAAACUAACUGCAGAUCCUGAUAGUGAGAUUGCCACAACCAGUCUGCGGGUAUCUCUGAUGUGUCCUCUGGGAAAAAUGAGACUGACAAUCCCAUGCCGGGCUGUUACUUGUACACACCUGCAGUGUUUUGAUGCUGCUCUUUAUCUUCAAAUGAAUGAAAAGAAACCUACCUGGAUCUGCCCUGUCUGUGACAAAAAGGCAACUUAUGAGAGCCUGAUAUUAGAUGGACUCUUUAUGGAAAUCCUUAAUGAAUGUUCAGAUGUAGAUGAGAUCAAAUUCCAAGAAGAUGGCUCCUGGUGCCCUAUGAGGCCAAAGAAAGAAGCUGUGAAAGUCUCAAGUCCACAGUGUACCAAAAUAGAAAGUUCCAGUGGUGUUAGCAAAUUGUGUUCUGUGACAGUGACCAAUGAGGUCAACAAGAAGAAAGUUGACAUUAUUGACUUGACAAUAGAAAGCUCUUCUGAUGAAGAGGAAGAUCCUCCUGCCAAACAAAAGUGCAUUUUUAUGACUGAAACACAAGGAAGCCCAAACAAAGGGGUUCUCAUGUAUCAGCCAUCUACUGUCAGAGUGCCUAGUGUGACAACAGUUGAUGCUGCUGCUAUUCCUCCUUCAGUAACAGACUACCCAGUACCAUUCCAUCAUUCACCAGUAUCCAGUAUUUCAUCAGACUUGCCGGGUCUGGAUUUUCUUUCACUAAUCCCAGUUGAUUCACAGUACUGUCCUCCUAUGUUUUUGGAUAGUCUCACCUCAACCUUAACAAGCAGCGCGCCUGGCAGCGUUAUCACAUUAACCGGUCACCAUGAGAACAACAGCACACACGUUAGCUCCUCCAGCAGGAGCGAGACAGGAGUGAUAACCAGUAGUGGAGGCAGCGCUCCUGACAUCAUCUCACUGGACUGAAACAGGGGGCAGCAUGGGACUCCAGGAGAAAUUGUACAGCUGGUGCUUGUGUCUCUGGAACUUCAGCAUCUUGGAAGUUAUUCUGAUAUUUAUUGAAAGGAUUCGCCUUAUGGAAAAUGGAGUAAAUUCAUCUACACUAGGAACAGAAGUGAUAGAUUAUUUUUUUUUUUAAUAUUUUUUUUUCUUGCUCACUAGAGCAGCUUCUUGCUGGUGUGGAGAAAGCCCCUUCAGAACAUGCUUUUAUGCUUUUGGCUUGUUUUGGGGAAAAGUCUUUUUGUUGCAAAAUACAGCAAUAAUGCAAAAACAAACAAAAACUUUUUAAAUAAAAAAGGCACUUAACCACAACAACCUGGACAAAGGUGCAGAAGUGUAUGAAUUAGUGAUUUUUAAAAUAUUUUCACUGGUACAUGUAAUAAACUUCAAUUAAGACAA